UUACAGGAGGAUGUUUGAAAUGAAGCAAAGUUGAGUUUGUACGACACCGCAUACAGUUAUGCAACAUUACACAUGAUCUCAGCAAGAAACCCACAAGAGAUGUCUCUGCUGAAGGCCGGAGGAGCUGUACUUUACAUCCUUCUCAUCAGCAGGAUGAUGGAGGACUCCGUUUGCUCUGCUGAGGUGAAGGAGGGAGAAGUUCUUCCCCCCACCAUACAGAAGCUGAUGAAGGGUUACAACAAGUACUUGAGACCUUUCUUCGAGAAUGGUCCAGUCACUGUGGGGAUGAGCUUGGACAUCGCGAGCAUUGACACCAUCUCAGAAAUUAACAUGGACUACACUGCCACUAUAUUCCUAAGGCAGCGCUGGACAGAUGAGCGCCUGUGUUUCAAUGGGAAUAAGAGUUUAAGUUUAGAUGGUCGACUGGUGGAGCUGCUUUGGGUGCCUGAUACCUUCAUAGUGGACUCCAAGAGAUCUUUUCUUCAUGACAUCACAGUGGAGAACCGCCUCAUUCGCAUAUUCCCCAACGGAACGGUCCUCUACGCGCUCAGGAUCACCACAACUGUGGCCUGCAACAUGGACCUCACCAAGUACCCUAUGGACAAGCAGACCUGCACCUUGCAGCUGGAGAGCUGGGGCUACAAUGUGAACGACGUGAUGUUUCACUGGACUCGGGGUAAUGAGUCGGUCAGCGGUCUGGACACACUUCAGCUUGCCCAGUACACCCUGGAAGACUACUACACAUCUGAGUCCGAAGCUGUUUAUGAAACAGGUAACUAUCCCAAACUAAUCUUCCACUUCAAGCUGAAGAGAAGCAUCCUCUACUUCAUUUUGGAGACAUAUGUCCCCUCCAGUGCUCUGGUGGUGCUUUCCUGGGUGUCCUUUUGGAUCAGCUUGUCUUCAGUUCCUGCUCGUAUCUGCAUAGGAGUGACCACAGUUCUGACCAUGACGACGCUAAUGAUGGGCGCUCGCACCUCCCUCCCUAAUGCCAACUGCUUCAUCAAGGCCAUCGACGUCUACUUGGGCAUCUGCUUCAGUUUCAUCUUCGGGGCUCUGAUUGAGUACGCAGUGGCGCACUUCUGCACACUGCACCAGCCUCAUUCCUCCAGUGCGCUCACGUUUGGUCAGGAGAUGCGGGACUGGGAGGAGGAGAUCAAUGGCAACGUUGCUCCGAUGGGAAGACGCUCCAGCGUGGUCAAACAUAGGGAGCCUCUGACACCCAGCUGCACAUCUCGAGACCAGAGAACAGCGCCCCCAGCGGACAUCCCCAGAAAGACGCUGGACGACUGCGUGCGGUGUGUGUCCCUCCUCAAGAGGACGCUCCGCUUUCUGAACUGCUGUCAUGUGGAGAACCCCCAUUACAUAGACAACUACUCACGCAUGACCUUCCCCCUGUCCUUCAUCAUGGUCAACCUGCUGUACUGGAUCUACUACCUGUACUUCUAA